AUGAUGAUGAAGAGUGAAAAAUGCAGCGAGAUUGAACUUGAGCAAUCUGUGAUGGAAACAAUGAAAUCACAAAAUUUCAAGCUUAAAUCAUCUGAAGCAUACAAUUGGUUUGUUUCUUUAUUCGGCGAAAAAAUUAGUCAUGAUCUUGUACGAUCAGUUUGCAUGCUCCUUUCAGAAAUGAUAUCCCAAGCUUUUGGAAGAGAAUGCUAUCGACGUAAAAAGACUUGCUUUUUCUGGGCCAACGUUCACUUUAAUGAAAUCCAACAGUAUUUAUCCAAUCAUUCUAUCUCGGUCGAGUUAACAAAUGGUGUGAAGAUUCCAAUAUUGCCUUUUCGCAAGAUGCAAUUCAACAACAUGCCAAAUCCAUUAAUUGUAAAACCAGAAAAGAAGUUCUAG